GGUGGAAAGUCCACAAAAGUGCAUGUUAUCAUGGGUUGAUAACAGUGACAGCUCCCGUUGGCUCCCAUUGGCAAGAAAGCCUGACUUUGCUGCAGGUCUACUUAUAUAAGUGAAGAAAACUUACUGUGUGAUCCAGAAAGGAAGACGGCAGAAACACUGUGAACUAUUUGCUUUGUAUGACGAAACUCCGCAUCGGAUAUGUGGAAUACUAACCAAGGAAUGCCACCUCAGCAGCCUUGUCCUCCUGGUCCAUACCCUGGACCUUAUCCUGGGCCAGGCACGCAGCCUGGUCAGCAUCCUCCACCCACUGGAUACCCUGGCCCAUAUGGGCCCCCUCCUCAAGGGUCACACCACCAUGGGCACCAUCCUCCUCCUCCUGGUCCACCUGGAAUGCUCCCAGGAGGACCUGGAUGCCCUCCAACUCAGCCACCAGGCUGCCACUCUCCUGGAAGUCAUCAUGGGCAUCACAAGAAGCACAAGAAGCACAAGCAUGGUCAUGGUCAUGGUCAUGGCCAUGGCCAUGGCCAUCAUGGCAAAAAGCAUGGAAGCAGCUCCAGCAGUAGCAGCUCCGAUUCAGACUGAAGAUGCCCUUUCUUGCUCUCUGGUGGAUCCCAGCUUUCAAGCCCUUUCCAGCACUUAAGGCUAAAAUUAAAAUUACUUUAGAACCUUUCUGGCA